UGUUGUAGGAGAGAGAGACUUCUCGCGCUGUUGUAAGUAGAGUGAGAAGAUCUUUGAAUGCUUGUCAGAACUUUACCUUGUGUUGGACCUUCACGGUGUAUUCACUUUCAACAUGAUCCAAUUCUCCAGCUGCAGGAGCCGUUUGGCGCGCGUCAUAACCCACGCACGUGCUCACCUUUCAAUAGGUUCCCAACACAACGAGGGACCUUUGUAUGAGUUCCGGACCUACAAAAUCCAUCCCGACCGGACCGCCGCCUUCCUAAAGCUGACCAACGACAAGAUUCACCUGAGGACCGCUCACUCUGAGCUGAUUGGCUACUGGUGUGUGGAAUAUGGCGGCCUGAAUCAGGUCUUCCAUGUAUGGAAGUAUGACUCCUUCUCUCAGCGGGCGGCGGUCCGCUCGGCCUUGGCUCAGGACCCGUGCUGGAUGUCGGAGUACAUCUCCAAGGCCAUCCCCAUGCUGGCAUCCCAGGACAACGAGGUCACCACCUUGUUGCCGUGGAGCCGUCUCCGUGCGCCGCCGCAGGAAGGCGGUGCAUUUGAACUUGCGUCCUUUAAGAUGUGUCCGGGGGGUGCAGCACUUUGGGGCAGGGACCUCCAGGAUGCCAUCACCUCCCAUGAUGCACCUGGACACGCCCACUUAGUCGGCACCUUCCGCAGCGAGCUCGGCCAACCGGACACAGUUCACGCCCUCUAUUGGUUCGAGAACGCCGACAAGCGACAUCAGGUACAACGCGAUACUGCAGUCCCUCAUGUCCACACACGGACGAACAAACUCAUGUUCCCGUGUCCCUUCUCGCCACUCAAGUGACUUCCUGCCCUUCAGUGGCAUUCCCACGACAACAUGGAUCCACAAGAAGUGAUCCACUAGGAACCAAGAAGUAAACCCACAAGUCGAACUACAGAACCAACAAGAACCGAUCCCUCAGGACCGACUCGGAAAAAGUGAUCCACCAAUCAGAUCUUGUUGUUCCAAAAGGACUUUUGACUGUCGUAGGUAACAUUCUUGAUGUCAACAUGAUCCAAAAACUGUUGACUUCUUGACUGUUGGUUUCUUCAAAAUAAGAGUCCAGUAAGUCGAUUUGUUUGAUUUUAUUGUUGUAACAGUAUUGUGUCACAUUUUAAGAGAUUGUGUUGCUUUUUUGGUUCGCUUACUAAUGUGGACUUUUAAAAAACUGGUGAGGUAUUUGGACACAUCUUUCAAAAAAAAAAAAUCAACACUUUGAUUGGCAGUAAAAGCAAAAAAAAAACAGGAAAUGAAAGAUAAAUAAAAGGAAGUUGAUUUGAAAUGAUUUAGACUCUUCAUCAACAUGAUUUAAAAAACAUUGUUAAAAAAAAAAAAAAAAGAUGGCGGACGCACUCCGGCACCGCUUCAAGUUUUUUUUUCAUUUGAAAUCUGCGACAGGCAGCAGGCCACGCCCCCGCAGGAGAUCGUUUGCAUUGAGUGGCGUAAGGCGUCUUGACUCCGCCCACCACGUCAUGUGGUGACACA